AUGAAUUCCUACAAAUUUAAUAUCAGUUCAACUUCCUCUUCUUCUUCUUCCAAUGAUUCAGAAGAGGAAAUGAGGGAUAUGGUGAACAAAGAAGUAGAUGACAUGAUCGACAAUGUCACUCAUACUUAUCUCCCAUUCCUUGUGUCGGCGGUCACUCCUAGAAUGAGACCAGGUGGACGUACUCGACCUCGGACUGAUAGGGGUCGAGAAGAAGGUCAUUUAAGAUUAUACAAUGACUAUUUUGCAGAAAAUCCAAUUUACUCAAGUAGGUUGUUUCGACGUAGAUUUCGUAUGCAAAAGCAUGUUUUUGAGCGUAUCAUGAAUGAAGUUGUGAGGAAUGACAAAUGGUUCAAACAAAAGAGGGAUUACACCGGUCGUUUUGGCUUGUCGCCACUGCAAAAGUGUACCGCAGCAAUACGACAAUUAGCUUAUGGGUGCGCUUCCGACGCUUGCGAUGAGUACAUACGUAUUAGUGAUAGUACGGCAAGAUUGGCACUUCAGAGAUUCAUUGACGGCGUCAUUAACGAAUUUAGUAAUGUGUACUUAAGACGACGAAUGAAGCCGAUCUGA